CUCAAUUUCUCCUAAAAUAACCUCCUCAUUUCUCCAUUCUCCUCACCCUGUAGCUAUAACCUACUCUUUUUCUUUCUUUCUCUGCUUCUUCCUCCUCCUCCAAUGAGUUUGUCGGCGCCUUCUCCGGCCGCCCGCCUCAAGCCCCACCUCACGUUUCUCGCCACAGUCCUCUGCGCCUUCGCCUUCCUCGCUCUCUUCUACACCGAGCACAUCACCAUUUUUCGACUCAAGUCAUGCCCUCGCAAAACUGCCCCCUCCAAACCAAGGGAGAAGGCGGCUGAGGAGCGGUGGAGGGACCCGCUGACGGACGACCGGUUCGAGUUCGAGCCGGAGGAAUGCAGCGUGGUGAACGGUAAGUGGGUUUUCAACCGGUCGAUAAAGCCGUUGUACACGGACCGGUCGUGCCCGUAUCUGGACCGGCAAGUGUCGUGCGUGAAGAACGGGCGGGUGGAUUCCGAUUACCGGCACUGGGAGUGGCAGCCGGACGAUUGCGCGUUGCCGAGAUUUAAUGCAGAGACUGCGCUGAAAAAGUUGAGAGGAAAGAGGCUGAUGUUCGUCGGGGAUUCGCUGCAGCGUGGGCAGUGGCAGUCGUUUGUUUGUAUGGUAGAGUGGAUGAUUCCAGAGGAUAAAAAGUCUCUCAAGAGAGGCCGAUUUCUCUCUGUUUUUACCGCUAAGGAAUACGAUGCGACGAUCGAGUUUUACUGGGCCCCAUUUCUGGUGCAUUCGAAUUCGGACAAUCCCAUAAUUGGAGAUCCGAGGCAAAGAAUACUGAGAGUGGACUCAGUUGCCAACCAUUCCAAACAUUGGACCAAUGUCGAUAUUCUUGUCUUCAAUACCUACGUCUGGUGGAUGAGUAGCGCCAAGAUUAAAACCCUAUGGGGAUCGUUCGAGAACGGAGAAGAAGGAUACGAAGAAUUGGACACGCCAAUUGCUUAUACAAUAGGAUUGAAGACUUGGGCGAAUUGGGUGGAUUCGAACGUCAAUCCGAACAAGACACGUGUCUUCUUUACAACGAUGUCUCCCACCCACACGAGGAGCAUGGAUUGGGGGAGGGUGAAGGGGAGCAAGUGCUUCAACGAAACAAAGCCGAUAAGGAAGAGGAAAUUCUGGGGGAGCGGUUCGGACAAGGGAAUAAUG